AUGGAUGCUGACAACUUGCUUGCAGUUGGAAUGGAAGCUGUGAGAAGUGGGGAUGCUGGAAAAGUGGAAGAAACCUUGCGAGAGUUUCAUGCUUUGGUGAAAAACGAGAGAAGAGAAAAAGUGAAAAGGACGAAAGGUGUAUCAAAGUUUUACAGAAUGUCAAGCAUCUUACUGAACGAUCUGAAAGUGACUUUUCAUGAGAGGACCCCAUCGACGUCUGUAUUGGUGCCAAAGUAUGACAAGAUCUGUGCACAAAGGUUCAGCGGAUUGGCGUGCAAUGGCACCGAUUGUGAAUUGUUCGGGUUUCUUUUCAGUAAGAACGAUUCACGUGACACUCGUUUCUUGUUCUUUCCUCCUGAAUGCCUUGUCUGCGUGGGUGACAUUUGGCAACCUGAUUCUGUGCCCCAAUGGCUGGAAAAUAUUGGCAGGUUUGUUCGGAGACAUGUGGAUGAAAGCAACAAAGUGCUUUGCAAAGGGGAGUUGUUGCAGAUGCUCAAAGAUGCUGUAAAAAAAGACAACGGACCAAAACGAAUUUUCAAUAACCGGGCUCACUUUCUCAUCGAUGCAGUGGGGGUACAGGAGGUUGCAAGUCGUAUUGUUCGUCAGCAGUUGGGAUGUGAUUUUGAAGUUGAUAAUUUGAAGUGGCUGGAGUCGUUGGGAAAGCAAGGGGGACCCGUGGCAAUCCCCAGGGAUUCUUGGGAACUUGCCUUUUUUGAAGAACUGAAUGCCAUGUGA